GAAGCUGGCCAAUGACCUGCCCGGUAUUUCAGAGGAAGGCGGGGCCGUGCCUGUAAGGUCACAUGACUGGAAGCAGAAGCUGAGGCAUCAUGCCAACCACACAGCAAUCCCCUCAGGAUGAACAGGAAAAACUUUUGGAUGAGGCGGUCCAAGCAGUGAAAGUUCAGUCCUUCCAGAUGAAGAGAUGUCUGGACAAGAACAAGUUGAUGGAUGCUCUGAAGCACGCCUCCAACAUGCUGGGAGAACUCCGCACCUCCAUGCUGUCUCCGAAGAGUUACUAUGAGCUUUACAUGGCCAUCUCCGACGAACUCCAUUACCUGGAGGUGUAUCUGACGGACGAGUUUGCCAAAGGCAGGAAAGUAGCCGACCUAUACGAACUGGUCCAGUAUGCCGGGAACAUAAUCCCCAGGCUUUAUCUGCUGAUCACUGUUGGCGUCGUCUACGUGAAAUCCUUUUCCCAGUCAAGGAAAGACAUCCUGAAGGAUAUGGUGGAGAUGUGCCGCGGGGUCCAGCAUCCGCUAAGAGGGCUGUUUCUACGUAAUUACCUCCUGCAGUGCACCCGGAAUAUCCUCCCAGACGAAGGAGAACCAGUCCACGAGGAAGUUACAGGUGACAUCAGCGACUCCAUGGAUUUCGUACUGCUGAAUUUCGCUGAAAUGAACAAGCUAUGGGUGCGAAUGCAGCACCAGGGCCACAGCCGGGACAAAGAGAAGAGGGAGCGGGAGAGGCAGGAACUGCGGAUUCUGGUGGGAACCAACUUAGUCCGACUCAGUCAGCUGGAGGGAGUCAAUGUGGAACGGUACAAGCAGAUUGUGCUCCCUGGGAUCCUGGAGCAGGUUGUGAACUGCAGAGAUGCGCUGGCACAGGAAUACCUCAUGGAAUGUAUCAUACAGGUUUUCCCAGAUGAAUUUCAUCUCCAGACACUGAACCCUUUCCUUCGCGCUUGUGCAGAGCUCCACCAAAAUGUGAACGUGAAAAACAUAAUCAUCGCUUUAAUCGACAGGUUAGCCCUGUUCGCACAUCGAGAAGAUGGACCUGGGAUCCCAUCAGACAUAAAACUCUUUGACAUUUUCUCACAGCAGGUGGCCACAGUCAUACAGUCUCGGCAGGACAUGCCCUCAGAAGACGUUGUGUCCCUGCAAGUGUCUCUCAUUAACUUGGCGAUGAAGUGCUACCCUGACCGGGUGGAUUAUGUGGACAAAGUGCUGGAGACGACGGUGGAGAUCUUCAACAAGCUCAACCUUGAACACAUCGCCACAAGCAGCGCCGUCUCUAAGGAGCUGACCCGACUUCUGAAGAUACCGGUGGACACUUACAACAACAUCCUGACGGUGCUGAAGCUCAAGCAUUUUUAUCCGCUCUUCGAGUACUUUGACUACGAGUCCAGGAAGAGCAUGAGCUGCUACGUGCUGAGCAGCGCUCUGGAUUACAGCACCGAGAUCGGCUCUCAGGAUCAGGUGGAUGCCAUCAUGAUGUUGGUAUCGACGCUCAUCCAGGACCAGCCAGACCAGCCAGCCGAAGACCCUGACCCUGAAGACUUUGCUGAUGAGCAGGGGCUCGUGGGCAGGUUCAUUCACCUUCUGAGGUCAGAUGACCCCGAUCAGCAGUACCUGAUCCUGAACAUGGCUCGAAAGCAUUUUGGGGCUGGUGGGAACCAGAGAAUCCGCUACACAUUACCGCCCCUGGUGUUCGCAGCGUAUCAGCUCGCUUUCCUAUACAAAGAAAACGCCAAAGCAGACGACAAGUGGGAUAAGAAGUGUCAGAAGAUCUUCUCCUUCGCCCACCAGACGAUCAGCGCCUUGAUUAAAGCCGAAUUGGCAGAGUUGCCCCUAAGACUGUUCCUUCAAGGCGCUUUGGCAGCUGGAGAAAUUGGAUUUGAAAACCACGAGACGGUGGCCUAUGAGUUUAUGUCUCAGGCGUUUUCACUGUACGAAGACGAGAUCAGCGACUCCAAGGCGCAGCUGGCGGCCAUCACCCUAAUCAUUGGGACCUUUGAGAAGAUGAAAUGCUUCAGCGAAGAAAACCACGAGCCUCUGCGGACACAGAGCGCGCUCGCUGCCUCCAAGCUGCUGAAGAAGCCGGAUCAGUGCCGGGCUGUGAGCACCUCCGCUCAUCUCUUCUGGUCGGGACGCAACACGGAUAAGAACGGCGAAGAGAUUCACAGCGGCAAACGGGUCAUGGAGUGUCUGAAGAAGGCGCUGAAGAUCGCUAAUCAGUGCAUGGAUCCCUCCCUUCAAGUGCAGCUCUUCAUAGAAAUUCUCAACAGAUACAUCUACUUCUACGAGAAGGAAAAUGAAGCGGUCACCGUUCAGGUACUGAACCAGCUGAUCCAGAAGAUCCGUGAAGACCUUCCCAACCUGGAGGCCAGCGAGGAGACUGAGCAGAUAAACAAGCACUUUCACAACACCCUGGAACAUUUACGUCUACGGAAGGAAUCGCCGGAAGCCGAAGGUCCCGUCUACGAGGGUCUCGUUCUGUGAACCCCAUUCAUCCCGUCCGUCACCCCCUCCCCCAUCCUUUUCUGUUAUUCCACUGCGAUUUUUAUUCUAUAAAUUCUGUUAUUGUUUUUCCCCUUUGGUGAUAGUUUGUGCCUUUUGGAAAUGCCAAGUAUUAAAAAGAUCAUCCACAUCAUUUCUGACGGUGACCAUGAAGGUGCGGUGCGCAGCUUGCCUAGAUAUCCCACCGCUCUCAUCCUAUUGACCCCCAUUCUAUUUUCAGCCUCUUUGCUGACUACUUUCACCCCAAUAUAAGGGAGAACCCCAGUAUCUUAAAGUCAUUGCCCACUUUUUAACAUCCUGUCUAUCCAAUAGCUUUGCUAAUACCGAACCUCCAAAUGCUCUGCAGAGUCGUAACAACAUGAUUACAUUCUGGCUGCCACCACUAGAGGGCGCUCAGUGCAUACUGAUCGCUUUUCUGCACGUUUUUAUUUUUUGUAGUUUAAAAAAUUUCAGUUACUAAAAAUUCAAUGAGUGGCCUAGAAAUUUUAGAAAUCUAACAACCGAACCGGCUGACCAUCUAGUGUACUUAAGAGUUGGCCUGACCCUACUUCCGUAACAGAUGCUGGAGGCAGGGAGGUUACAUUUCAACAUGUCUGAUCCUUGUAUUCUCAAGGGAGAUAAGUUGCCACCAGAGGAGUCUCACAGCGGCUCGCCUCUAAAUAUUGAGAAGACAUGCAUGCUUGGCCAAGCUGAGGGUGCAUGUGUAUGGGUGAGCAAGCGUUCUAAGUUGUAUGCCAGAUUAAAGUGCGCCUAAACGUUCAGAAAACUGUAGACAGGUUUUGAUUGGUUGAGAUCCGGACGCUGAGACCCCACAGAUCGCUGAGGGGUAGAAGCUGUGAACUGUGUGUGUGUGUGGGUUCAUAGAGUUUCUAUAAGGCGGUGCACCAUAACAGACGGUGUUAUUCUGGAGCUCAGUGUAUAAUGUAUGCAGUAAGCUGCGGAGCUCCCUCUAGUGGUGACUGCAGGCAGACAGAAUUUAUCCAGUCUUUGUCUAUGCAGGGUCUUUGGAGCUCUGUAUCAGAAAAAAUGGUCCCCAACCGUUAUAAAGAUAAUUAAGAGAUAAACUAAACUAAAAUGUUUCAGGGCAGAUAUUCCGUACAAAGAGGUUGUAUCUGUAUCUGGAAAGCUGGGUGAAUGCCAUUAUGGUCACUACAAUUCCUACAGUCCCAGACUCCUGAAUCCCAUUAUUUGCCCCCAUCUCCUAUUUCUGCAUUACAAGGGGUAUUUGCUGAACAUAGGAAGCAGAACCCGGAAUAUUCGUCACCCAGACACAGAUACAACUGCAGUAGAAACCGCUAAAAUUGAACUUUUAUUUUUUAUUUUUUGAAGGUUUGAAGACGGCUCUAAUUUUGCUAAGACGGGACUCCCUUCUUAAAGGAGUUUUCUGGAAUUUGGGAAAUAUGGACACCGCCCCCCUAAUACCUCUCCCUCUGUAGAUUUGGUUUGGAUGAGCAUGCAUGAAAGUGAAGAAGGAGAAGCAGGUUCCUCUAAUUGCUGGAUCGGUGUGGCAGCCAUAUUUCCUAAAUCCCAGCUCUGUCCCCCUGUGGAGUUUACUGGGUGACUGUGCGAUAGUUUUAUUUUCACACAUCCCCCCCCCCCCCCCCUUUUUAUUUUUUUAUGCAGCCCCCGUUCAUUUCGGCUCGUCUCGGAGCAUACCUUGGGACUUAUACAAUUCAGGAAGUUUUCUUUUAGUGAGCGGGGUUCUGUGUUGUCCAGCGAGGACCAGUGACGUGCGCAGAGCUCCUGUAUCAUCCACGUUCGACAUCUGUGACCGUCUAUAUAGUGUAUGUAUAACCAGUCUUGUAAAUUUAGAUAUAAAUGCCGUAUGCACAUGUAUUCAGUCUCAUGAUUUGCACCCGUGGCAAAAUAAAAUGACUAUUAACCGUU